UAUAUUUCAGGAAGUUUUUUCCGGCACUCCGUAGUUCCUCUAGUUCAACAUACGGGUUGUGCAGCUCCUACGGUCUCCGUGUUUCUUCAACACAUUAGGGAGAACGGGUGAAGUGGAAAGAGUGAGGAAACCUAAUAUAUGGAAUGGCAAUAUCUAAGAACGGCUUGACCAUCUGUGCCCUUCUCGUGACACUUGCUGUUUUUGAAACAUGGGACUUCAUUGAAUUUCCAUGUCUGGUUACGCCGGAACUUAACAAAGAAGAGCAACUCCUACCUCACACUAGACAGAGAAGAGCUGUUCCAACAGGCCAGUGGAAAUACAGCAUUGAUGUCGUAGUGAAUGUCUCUGAUGCACAAACCUUUGAGCUGAUUCAUUCGUCCUUGAAUGCUACUGAUCUUCCCGCACAAAUCGACAACCAAACGGAGAUCUCGGACAUCAGUAUCACAACCGUGUGUUCGUCAACUGACUCUGGUUUCCAGUGCAGAUGUGAGGAACAGUUUGCUUGGCCGUACAGCACCUGUGUCACAUACGGUGCCUGUGAACGCACGUGGAGCAGCAUUUGUAAAUGCAUCAAUGCUAUUCCGCCUGGCAACCAGUACUGUCAGCCGAUAUCAGCGCUGCUAACUCAGGUCGAGUAUGACGUGGAGGUGGAGCUGAACGUGACAGAUGUUGCGACAGUGGACUACCUCAGGAGCCUAUUGAACAACAACAGCUUCUUGUUCGACCUGGGUCCCAUUGUGAAUGUCACAAACAUCGACAUCAACACAGUUUGUUACCUAAAUGGUAGCACAUUCCAGUGCAGAUGUGAGGACCAGUUCGUCUGGUCUUCUACGGACUGUGCUACAUACAGAGCCUGUGAUGAGAUCACUAAUGACACGUGCAGUUGUAUCAACAGUAUUCCAUCCAAUGGACAGUACUGCCAGCCAAAGACAGCUCCUCCAGUUGUUUAUACAUACCUCAUUUCUGUUGAGUUGAACAUCGCAGAUGUUGGACUAAUAAAUCCACUGAGGACCAUUCUGAGCAACAUCAGUUACCCAAUCAGCAUCAACCACAUGCAAAUCUCUGAUGUCAUCAUUUCUACAGUUUGCUCUCUGAGCAGCAGUGGUUACCAGUGCAGAUGUGAGGAUCAAUAUCGUUGGUCAUGUGACCAGUGUUUCAUGUAUGGAUCCUGUGACCACAUCACCUCCAACACAUGUGGAUGCAUCAAUGCCAUCCCUGCUGAUGGACAGCAUUGUCAGCCUGUUGACAUAUAUAACUUUACAAUUUGUUCAGUUACGACGACCACUCUAUCACCAACAACUUCUCCAGUUCUCUAUGAAUAUAUUAUUACAAUUGAGCUGAACACCACAGAUGUUACAGUGAUAGACCGACUGAGAAACAUCAGUUACCCAGUCAGCAUCAGCAACAACACACAAGUCUCCGGCACGAACAUCUCUACAGUUUGCUCUCUGAGCAGCAGUGGUUACCAGUGCAGAUGUGAGGAUCAGUAUCGUUGGUCAUGUGACCAGUGUUUCAUGUAUGGAUCCUGUGACAACAUCACCUCCAACACAUGUGGAUGUAUCAAAGCCAUCCCUGCUGAUGGACAGCAUUGUCAGCCACAGACAGAUGACUUGAUUUGUCCAUCAACAACUCCGCCAGUUGUAACAACUACAACUGCUGCAACGACAAGGAAUACUACAGCAUUCUUAACACCAACCACCACAGCCAUAACAGAUUCAACACUCACAACACAUAUGAACACCACAACAGCUCCAACAACAACUGUAACAAAUUCAACAUCGGCUACAACACAUGUUAACACCACAACAGUCAGAUCAACAACAGUGGUAACAAAUUCUAUACCUAUUGCUACAACAAAUAUGACUACGACAACAGCUGCAACACCAACUGUAACAAAUUCGACACCUGUUGCUACAACAGUUAUGAACACUACAACAACUGCAACACCUGUGCCAAUAACAACUACAACUGUUGCAACGACUAGAAAUACUACAGCAUUCUUAACACCAACCACCACAGCCAUAACAGCUACUAAUGCAACCAGCCAAAACACCACAAUUACCUCAACAACAACAGACCUUUCACCCACAACCAUUAUAACAAAUACAAGUAACACAGCUACUACAAAUGUCCCCACCAUGACCACUACUGCUGCCACUACCACCACAACUACGGCGGCUACCACGACCACUACCCCUAGGACGACUGUUACUACGAUUUCUACCACCGCUACCAUCACGACUACGAUUGCUACCACUGACACAACCCCUACCACGGGCGCUACCACCAGUGCACCAACGACAACUAAUAACCAAACAGAAACAGUUUUCAAAAUCGAAAUGUCAAUGAGAUUAGACAAGGAUUACACAUCAGAAUUAAGUGAUACGUCAAGUAACGUCUACAAAGAUUUGAAGUCAAAGAUCGAUGAAGUGAUACUUGAGGAUUAUGGAGGAAUCCCAGGAUAUAGAGGAGGUUUUGUGACAGAAUUCAGCAAAGGAAGCAUUAUUACAAAAUAUGUUCUACAGACGACACAAGUUGACUUUGAUCAAAUCUUUGUUGAAAAUCAAAACUUCCGUAAAGCAAUAAAUAAUAGCAUUGCUCCUGUCAUUGGAGCAGUUUCUGCAUUUUACCAAAGUUCAACUUCGAUCAACCUUCCAAAGCUCACUUACACUGGUGCCAACCUGUCCCUGAAGUGUGUGCCUUCAGAAAGCGUUAUAGUGGGACUAAUUCUCAGUUCCAGAUGGACAUUUAAUGGACGGGAAAUUAAAGACGGUGGAAGGUUUAAAAUAACUAUUUCCAACUCUAUGUCUAUGCUUGAAGUUAACAACGUCAUUCCUGCUGAUAGAGGAAAUUACAGUUGUACUCUGAGCAAAACCGACCUGGAAUUCCAGCAAAAAGGAAUUGUAAUGGAAAGCAAAAUCAAAGAAGCUCCUGUUGUGCGUCUCAAGAGUGAAUUUCAUGUAAGAUGCAGAACUGGAAAGAUGCAACCCCUCAAGUGUUGUGUGCAGCUUCCCUACACAAUCAAUUGGUUUCAAGACAAAGUACAGUUGACCUCAGAUCCUGUUACCGGUGAAGAUGGCAACUGCAUCAAGCAUGAUUACAAAUUAGAAAGCUGCAGUGGAUCACGGGAAGAUCAAAUAAUUUUUACAUGCAGGGUAGAUAACCCAUCAAGUUAUGAAAUGAUGUCGACAAUGACGAUCUUCAAAGAGAAUUCCAAAUGCAAUGACGCUCAGUAUGGGGACGGCCGAGUAGGAGACCAAACAAGCAUUGAGUGUGAUAUAGGUCAAGUAGGAAGAAGGCUGGCGGAAUGCCAGGAAACGGGCAAGUGGAAACUGGUCGAAGACACCUGCAUUGUCAUAGUAAUCAAUGAAUUACUGAUUGAGUCACAGACUUUGGAUGAGGAGGGAGUGCCAGAUUUUGUAGGGAAUCUAAGUAAAGCUGUCCAGAAAGAAAGACAGGCCAUUGAAAAUUCAACUGCAACCAUAUCAGCUAUCGUUGACAUCCUAAACACUGUUGCAAAUGUUUCAACUGCUGUCGAUGAAACCAGCAUGCAGCAUAUCCUAGAGACUGUUGAUGUCAUCAUAGGUGAAGAAUCAAGAGAGUCUUGGGUAAUUUUGAAUGCAAACAACACCCGCAAAACCAGCUCCAAAUUGUUGGGUUCAUUGGAGAGUCUCUCCAGUUAUUUGGACAGCGAGUUUUCCGUAAGGACGCCACGGAUCCUGCUAAACAGAACGACGUUUGAUGACUCCUUCAUGGCAGACCUGAACUCCAGCAUCGUCCUAAACAUUACGAAAAACAGCAUGAGCAAUGUUUAUAUUACCACCAUCCUCCUCUCAACCCUUUAUAUUGUUAUGCCAACACGAAACUCCACCUUUGACGUCAGCCCCUUCAAUACCACCAGUAAUGAAACUGCCAGUGAUAAUGCCAUCAAUGCAGCCGUGUUGCUUGUCAAAAUAAAUGCCACAGUUCAGAAUGUCAUCCUGAGCUACGACAAGCUGAACAGCUCCUUGACAAUGAACCCGCAGUGCGUCUUCUGGAACUUCACACUCUUUGACAAUAUUGGUGCUUGGGAUGAUGAGGGAUGUAAGUUUGUGUCCGACAUAAACAACAUAGUAACCUGCAGCUGUAACCACCUCACCUCCUUCUCAAUUCUGAUGGCAACGGACAUCCCCCCAUCUAUAAGAGAAGCCUUGGAUAUAAUCACUUAUGUUGGAGUUGGAAUAUCAAUGGCAAGCUUGGUAAUAUGUCUAGUUAUUGAAGGGUACGUUUGGAAAGCCAUUACCAGGAAUAGCACUGCCUUCAUGCGUCACGUUUCCAUCGUAAAUACCGCCCUGUCUCUGUUGGUCGCUGAUAUCUGUUUCAUCAUUGGUGCCUCUAUAGCAAACAAUCCCCUUGAAAACCCAGGGGGGGACUACGAACUUCCUCUUGGACCAUGUAGCACGGCAACAUUUUUUAUGCACUUUUUCUACCUUGCUCUAUUCUUUUGGAUGCUCGUGUCAGGCCUUUUGCUCUUUUACAGGACGGUGAUGGUCUUCUCGUACAUGUCCAAGUCAAUCAUGUUGGCCAUUGGUUUCUGUUUAGGAUACGGCUGUCCCCUGAUUAUAGCUGUUAUUACUGUUGCUGUCACAGCACCAGGGAAUGGAUACAUUAGGAAAUCCGAGGCUUGUUGGCUGAACUGGUUUGAGACAAAAGCCCUCCUGGCCAUGGUGAUACCGGCCUUGACCAUAGUUUUCAUCAAUAUAUUAAUUGUAAUUGUGGUCUUAUACAAAAUGCUGAAAAGAGGUGUGGGAGACGCUGCACAAUCAGAUGAAAAACACACGCUGGUGGUCAUAACGAGAUGUCUGGUCAUUUUGACUCCUUUAUUUGGAUUGACCUGGGGUUUGGGUGUGGGAACCAUGGUAUCAUCAACAAAUAAGGCAAUCCAUAUUGCCUUUGCAUUCUUCAAUUCACUACAGGGUUUCUUCAUUUUAUUGUUUGGGGUACUACUCGAUUCAAAGACUCGUUCUCUCCUCGGAAGGAAAUCACCUCGAACAAGCACUGGCUCUAAUUCUACGAGAAGUACAGGUGCUGGCAUUUCCUCCUUGAGUGGAAAUAAUUUUAUUGGCAGACUACUAGGAAGAAGAAAUGUCUACCACGUUUCACAAGCUACAAACACAAACAGCAGCGGUGCAACGGAGUCAUUUAGUAAUAUAUGAAUCAAUGCUACAAGCUGUAUAGGUAACAUUUGUUUGAUCAUUCAAAAUGUCUGUAAGAUAUGAAUUUUCUGUUAAGUCAGAAACAGAAGUUAUGAAAUCAGUAACAAAAUAGUGAGGUUUUAAAAGAUUAAAAAUGCUUGAAGGAAUGUUCAGUGUGACAUUCCUUCAAGCAUUCCUUCAAACACUCUUAAUAUAUAAUAUUUAAUAAUUUUGUAUAUAUAUAUUGUGAAUAAAACUGAAAUAGCAAUUGUUGCAACUUGCAUUUUGAUAGGUUUUCAAAUCCCCAGAGCAUCAUUGGUGAAUAUUUAUUUAUCACCCACUGGAUACUCCUGCUUGUGCAGAUACAAAUUUUAUUAACCUAUUUUACAUUCUUAACACCCAUGACUAAUUAUUCUGUGGCUCACUCUGACUCAGACCUCAUGAAAAUGAUGUGCAGCAGCUGCCUUCAUUUCUGUUGGUGCCCAUCGCCCUCAUGUGGCCCUCCUGGGUAUUGCUCUUAAAUCAAACUGAUAGAUUUGCUCACAUCAGAUAGUGUAUAAGCAAAAAUUAAAGUUGAUAAAUAAUAGUUUAGAGAUCAAUGGGCACUAUUCUUUCAACAUUUUUGAAUAUUCCUGAAAGGUAUAACAAUUUGGACACAGUUUUUGGCUCAAAGUUGUAGAUCUCUCUCUCUACUGAAAGCACGAGAAUACAGCCCACCCCUGGAUCAGACCCUGUGUAGAGCAAAAUAGAUCUUCAGCGUUUGGUAGGAUUACCUUCUUUGUUUUUUUCCAAUGUAUUACACCUGCAAAAGUUGUUAAUGCACCCACAACUCUUUCCUACAAUCUAAGCACUGAGAUAGGGCAGAGGGUCACUUACAUUGUUCAUGCUUCUUGUUAUAAUUGUACCGUGAGCAGCAACUCAACCCAAGUUUUUUCUGUCCACUGAAAUCCACCGGUCUGCAGAGAUCACUUAUCAACACACAUAUGUUGUACUUUAUCCUCAAGUGUGAGCCCUUUAAAUGCAGCAGCUUAUUGAGGUAUAAUACUAAGAAAUAAUUACUAAUCUCAGUACCAAGUUUCAGCAAGCUAGAUGUACGAGUACCCAGUGGCUCCAUGACAUGUUGUCAGAUAUGAGCCUUGUCAUUAGGGUCUAGAAAAGAAGAAAUGUUUCUCUUUUCUUGUGUGCACAUUUGAUUUGAUUCAUCAUGGCUUCAGGCAUGUUGUUCUUAAUCUUCCUUACUUAUAAUACAUACUUUCUCUUGAUGGUCUGCUUGCUUGUUUAGGUAUUUACCUUGUUACUGUUCUUAGUCUUACUUUUCAUGUAUCUGUAGAUUACUUAAGUAGAAUUAUUUUGAGGUACUUCUCACUUUUACUCUACUACAUAUGUCAGCCAAUAUUGUUUAAACAUUCAGAAGUAAUCAAUAACAAGAGUGUUAGACCCCAGCAGCAUCAGGGGUGAACUAAAACCUAAAAUGAUUUAGGAGAAGGGUCAGCCGUUCAUUAAUAUGAAAAUGUGUGUAGUAGUAGCAUCAUCUGCAGCAUUAUUUAUUAAUAUGUCUGUAGUAUUGUUGUAUUAAUCUAAAUAUACAGUAGGCUCAGUUUAUGGUGUAGAUUGUGUGCAUCCGAGAAAAUUAUUCAUUCAGCAACUACCUUUGCUUUCAAUACUUAAAGUACUUACUUGCUAUCCUCAAGUUGAAAAUAAAUAAUGUGGUACUUUUUUGUCUAUUUAUUUGUACUUUUCCUUCAGUUAAAUGUUGAAGUACUUCAUCUACCACUAUUAUCAUGAACUUUCCUAUAACUAUUUUUAAGAAAAAUAGCCCAAUGAUGUUCAGUUACAGAUAUUAUUAAAACUUAAUAGGUUGUCUGAAUAUUGCAGAUAAUUCAAAGUUCAAGUUGAAUCCAUCCAAGCAAUGUUUUGUUUGACCAUUUGCAUAGAAGAAUCAAACUCAGCUGUCGCAGUGGGGCCACCACCCUGACAGAACAUGAGAUACUUGCUCUGGUUUAAGUUCUCGUUUUAAAUUACACUAUUAACUGACUAAGCGAGACAAAAAUGCAUUAAGAGGCAACAAAUUCUAACGGCAGGUGCUGAGAAACCUGCAAAGCAUGUCCUCCAGCUCCUGUUCUGUGUGAUUACAAUUGUGCACAGCAGUUAUGGAAUCAGUUGCUGGGAUUGAGCAAACACUGCAGGAGACCAGGUCGGUGUCAGAUGUCAGCUGGAUUUGGCCCCAGCUCACCCUGUGCCCAUAGAAGGCAAAGCUGAAUUGAAAAUGGAUAGAUGUAUGGAUGGAUGGACUUCAUACUCAGCGAUGUUGUUGUUUUCACUUGUAUGUACAUGAAAGACAGAAUUAAAUAAAAAAUGUAAAAAUAAAAAAA